AUGGAGGACGAAGAUGGAGAGGUUGAACGAUGUUGCCGCAUCUGCCGCGGUCCAGAAGAGGAAGAAGUGGGUGGGGAGGAGGCUGGCGAAGCCCUCGGCAAGCUUAUUCGUCCCUGCGCCUGCAAGGGUUCUCUCCUCUACGUGCACGAGAAAUGUCAAGAGAUGUGGAUAAAGACCUACAUCCGCCGUAGCGACAAGAAGCCCGCGUGCGAGGUGUGUGGACAGCAGUUCCGCAUCUCCUUUACGCAACCACACAAGGGCCUCGCCGGCUUCCUCUUCUCCUCGCAGUCACCACCGCUCGUCCACGCCAUCUAUCUUUCUCUGUUGUACAUUGGGCUGUACUGCCUGUUCCUCUUUGCCGCCGAGCACCACACGAAGCUGGCCGCGUUCUGCGUCAUGGUGGCCGUGGGUGUUGGCGCCAGCGCCGCCAUCUUCUAUCUCAUCGCCUUCAGGGAGGUGGACAGGCAGGUGCUGGUCUACUACAUCGUACCCACGUUCGUGUUUGCAAUUGUCAUCUUCUCGCAGUUCAUGGGCUACGCCAGUCUCUACUACAAGUGGCUCAGCUAUCCUGGUCUCUCCCUAGAGGAGGAUUUGGAGUACAAGGCGUUCCUGCAGCAGAUGACGUGGAAGAGUUCGAUGGGGGUGCUGCUGGAGGGCAUAUCGUCGACCUCCAUCGUUCUCAACAUCGGCCUCCUCCUGUGCGUCUCCUCCGUGCGACUCUACAAUUUUCUGCGCCACCUCCGCCGGCAUGGCGGCAGCCUUGCCAACGUGUGGAUGACCGCACCCGAUUCGACCAGAGCGACAAUCAUCGGCUCGGUGCAACUCUGUAUAUUCUGUUGGUUCUACGUGUGCGGACCCACGGGCAAGUGCGCAGUGUUUCUGGUCUACGUCGCCUUCGUCGCCGCUGUCAACUGGUUGCUCCGCUCCCGAUUCUCUCGGAACGUCGACACGGGCCUGUGCCGACUGGCUUUGGUCAUGGGCUACGGGUUCGUGGGCACGGUGCUGGCCGGCAUCGGCAUCACGCACUACCUCGCACUGCUGGCCGAUGCUGACGUCGAGGCAUCAUCGGCCGCGAACAGCGCGGCGCCGAUGGAUCAGCUCGCAGGCGAGACCCAAGUCGCGCUUCCAGAAGAAGCGGAGAUCGCAGAUGAGUUGGCAGCGACGCGACAACAGAAUGGCGACGACGUGGUCGAUGAGCUCGCCCACGCGACGUCGGAGCACGGCCCGGGCUUCCCGUUCUCCUUCCACCCGACGUUGAUGUCGCGCAAGAUGGCCGGAAACUUCGUUCGCUUCCUCUACGACAAGUCUGCUCGGGACGACCACUACGAGUACUGGAACCAGGUGUACUACGUGUCGUUCUUCCUGUUCCAAACGCUGGGCAUCUUCGGCGUCGCCAUCUGGGUUCACGUUCGCGCAGUCUGGGAUCACUUCAAGGAUUGGCAGAACGUCCGCCGGCAGCAACAGCUCAUGCUGCUACGUGACGAGCUGUUGUUCAAGUUGAAUGGCAUGGAGCAGCAGCAUCGCACUCUGGUCGAUUCGGUCCGAAACAACCUGCCCGCCCGCCACGCGGACCCUCUCGCUGCCGCACAGCCGGCGCCGGCGCCUGCCUCCACCGACGGAGGCGACGAGCCGACCUACGGCGACGUGCACGCGCACCUGCGACGGAGGCAGCAGCUCGACCGGGAACCGCGCCUCGCCCCGACCGACCACGUCGAUCUCGUCACGCGAGAGGCCGAGACGGCCUUGCGCCGCGUGCAGUCCAACCUCGGCCAUCUUGAGGACAGCGAAGAAGAAGAAGAGCUCUACGGCGCCGAUGAAGUAAAAGAAGAACAGCCCGGCGAGCUGGGAAACGAGGAGGAAAUCGAGGAAAUCGCCGGCGGCGAGGCUGACGUGGACGUCGACAUGUUCACGAGAGAAGCAGCGGAGAAGGGCAAGGAGAAGGUCGACACCGACGCGGAGGCCGAUGAUGAAGUCGGCCAAGCGACGGCCGCGGCCGCGACUUCAGCUCCGUCGCCUCAUGCGACCGCUCAGGGAGCACCGCUCGAUGCGCCGGAAGCUACGGCGGCAGCGGCUGCGGCUGCGGCCGACGAAGAUGAAAUCGGAAAUCGGCUGCAGGCGGGCGCGCGCGAGUUCGUGUCGGGGGUGCGGAGCAUCGACGAACUAGUCACGCAGUACCUCCGCGAGCGGCGCACGGAGUCGCAGGCGGGCCUGUUCGCGCAGUACCUCCGCACGCACCUGUCGCCCUUCACCGCGCCGGAGAAGGUGCGGAUGGUCUACGCCACGCUGGCCUACCUCGUCCUGUUCAACUCGGUCUACUUCUCGCUCGUGGUCAUCGACCAGGACGAGGUCAGGAAGGUGUGGCUCCGCUACGUCAUGGACUGCGUCGGCAUGAUCUCCAUCCUCUUCUUCAUCCACUUCAACUACCUCACCGGCGCGCCCAACCACAAUUUCAACAAUCUCAACAUUCUUCACAAUCUCAACGUCGACAACAACGUCCAGAACCGGCCGAACGCGAACAACGACGACGACGGAGAGAACCGCAACGGCAACAACGCGGGGCGCAACUACGGGCUCCUACUGAUCGGCCACGCCGUGCUCUACUUCGUUCUGCUGUUCGUGUGGAUCGUGCUGCGGCCGGCCACCUUCUUCGACCCCUCGCUGCGCCUCUCACACGACGCCGCCGCUGCCGCCGGUGCUGAUGUGAUCAACAGCACCAACGGCACCACCGCUGACGCCGCGAGCGACGAGUACGCAUCGGAGAUUCCGGCGGACUUGGUCGACGCGCUGCUGAUGGAGCGGAGCGGUGCGGUGGCGGUCGACCCCUACACGUUGCACUCGCUCAAGGUGGUGUCGCUGCUGCUGUUCGUCUCGGUCGUCGAGUACGGCCUCAUCGGGCUGGGACUCACCGCGCGCCGGCUGGUGCGCAUCUAUCGCAUCUGGCUCAACACGGGCACCGGCCACUUCGUGGUCCACGACGUCGCCGAACCGCCGACCGCGCCCGACGACGCCGGCGCGCCAGCGCCGCCUCAGCCCCAGCAGCCUCUGCCACCGCAGCAACGACGAGGCGAAGAAGACGAACGAGAACGAGAAGCCGAUCGAGGGGACGAGGUAGAGGAAGAGGAGCAAGAAGAGAGCCAGCGGCUGCGAAGGAGGCGAACUGCGGCGGCGGGCGCCGAGUAG